GCGGCGGGGUCUGGGGCGCGGAGCAGCGGCGGGAGGAGGCGGACACGUGGCAGCAGCAGCAGCGGUAGCAGCCCCAGCGGCGGCAUCGGCUCGAGCCGCCGGCCGGUCUCCCUCCCUCCCGCCCCGCGGCAGCCCUAGCUCCCUCCUCUCCGCUCCCCCGGCCGCGCUAGUUCGGCCGGGAGCUGCUCUCUUCUUUCCUGAUUCUUGAGCGACAGGACCCGGCGCCGCGCACAGACCUCCGCCACCAUGGGGAAAGGGGUUGGACGUGAUAAAUAUGAACCUGCAGCCGUUUCAGAGCAUGGCGACAAAAAGAAGGCCAAGAAAGAGCGGGAUAUGGAUGAACUGAAGAAAGAAGUUUCUAUGGAUGACCAUAAACUUAGCCUUGACGAACUUCAUCGCAAAUAUGGAACAGACUUGAGUCGAGGCUUAACAACUGCUCGAGCUGCUGAGAUCCUGGCUCGAGACGGCCCCAAUGCUCUCACCCCGCCUCCCACCACUCCCGAAUGGGUCAAGUUCUGUCGGCAGCUGUUUGGGGGUUUCUCGAUGUUACUGUGGAUUGGAGCGAUUCUUUGUUUCUUAGCUUACGGCAUCCAGGCUGCCACGGAAGAGGAACCUCAAAAUGAUAACCUGUAUCUUGGGGUGGUCCUGUCAGCUGUCGUCAUCAUAACUGGUUGUUUCUCCUACUAUCAAGAAGCUAAAAGUUCCAAGAUCAUGGAAUCCUUCAAAAACAUGGUUCCCCAGCAAGCCCUUGUGAUUCGAAAUGGUGAAAAAAUGAGCAUCAAUGCAGAGGAAGUUGUGGUCGGGGAUCUGGUGGAAGUGAAAGGAGGAGACCGAAUCCCUGCUGACCUCAGGAUCAUCUCUGCCAAUGGCUGCAAGGUGGACAACUCCUCACUCACUGGUGAAUCAGAGCCCCAGACUAGGUCUCCAGACUUCACAAAUGAAAACCCCCUGGAAACGAGGAACAUUGCCUUCUUUUCAACCAACUGUGUGGAAGGUACUGCUCGUGGCAUUGUCGUGUACACCGGGGACCGAACGGUGAUGGGAAGAAUCGCCACACUUGCUUCUGGGCUGGAAGGAGGCCAGACUCCCAUCGCUGCCGAAAUUGAGCAUUUUAUCCAUAUCAUCACGGGUGUGGCCGUGUUCCUGGGUGUGUCCUUCUUCAUCCUGUCUCUGAUCCUGGAGUACACCUGGCUCGAGGCCGUCAUCUUUCUUAUCGGCAUCAUUGUUGCCAACGUGCCGGAAGGCCUGCUGGCCACUGUCACGGUUAGUGACUGGGGGACGACAGUGCUCGCUCUUAGAUCAGCCUGCAC